CAUUCAGACGGCUCUGAAGAAAAUAUUUUACUUCACUACAUUUGAAACUUCUUGUGGCACAUUUUCCAUCUCUGGUUUUUCUUUAGUUCUUCAGUUUACGGACUGAACAGUGAGUCGAACACUGGAGUGUUGGUGGAGUUAAAGAGGGAGCGCUGCAGCCGGUUCCUCAAAACAUACAGCCUGUUCUGGAAAAUGUCCAUUUGUAGUUGUAUGCAUUUUUUUGUUUUCUUAUAAUAAAAAGUAGAAACUCAUCUUGUGUCAAAUCUCAGUGAGCCAAUAAAACCUCGCUUACAGAGCCGCACUGAGAGGAGGAGCUACAGGACGAGAAGCUGCGUCACAUCUGUUAUAUGAAGGAGGAAGUUUGAGUGACAACGGAGCUGCAGUUCAGACGAGUCGCUCUGUUUCUCUCUAAAGGAAAUUCAACCGAAUCCAUCAAAUCUUCUCUAGAAACAAAAACCUGCAGAAUCUCUGAAAACACUGACUGUCAACAUGUCUGCUGCCAGCUGUCUGCUGACUGAAGAUCAGUUUCUGUGCUCCAUCUGUCUGGAUGUGUUCACUGAUCCAGUCACCAUACCAUGUGGACACAACUUCUGUAAAACUUGCAUCACUCAACACUUGGAUAAAAAUGUCCCGUGUCAGUGUCCAAACUGUAAAAAGACUUUCAACAUCAGACCUGAACUGCAGGUCAACGCGUUCAUCUCUGAGAUGGCUGCUCAGUUCAGACAGUCAGCUCAACAGAAAGCCAGCAGCAGCAGCUCAGAGCAACAAGUUUCCAAACCAGGAGAAGUUCCCUGUGACGUCUGCACUGGAACCAAACUGAAGGCCCUGAAGUCCUGCCUGGUGUGUCUGGCUUCCUACUGUGAGACUCACCUGGAGCCUCAUCUGACAAUGUCAGGCCUGAAAAGACAUCAGCUGAUCGACCCUGUGGAGAACCUGGAAGGCAGGAUGUGUACGAAGCACGAUAAACUGCUGGAGCUGUUCUGUAAGACCGACCAGAUGUGUGUCUGCAUGCUCUGCAGUAUUUCACACCACCAGGGACAUUCUGUUGUUCCUCUGAAAGAAGGAUAUGAAGGAAAGAAGGCCAAGCUGGGGAAGACAUACGCUGAAAUUCAGCAGAUGAUCCAGAAGAGACGAGUGAAGAUUGAGGAGAUGAAGCGCUCAGUGCAGCUCAGUAAGAAAGAUGCAGACAGAGAGAUAGCAGCUGGCGUUCAGGUCUUCAGAGCUCUGAAGGAGUCUGUUGAGAGAAGCCAGGCCGAGCUCAUGGACACCAUCAAAGAGAAGCAGAGAGAGACAGAGAAACAGGCUGAAGGCUUCAUCAAAGAGCUGGAACAGGAAAUCUCUGAGCUGGAGAAGAGAAGCUCUGAGGUGGAGCAGCUCUCACAGUCUGAAGACCACCUCCACCUCCUCCAAAGCUUCCCCUCACUGAACUCUGCUCCACCCACCAAGGACUGGACAGGAGUCAGCAUCCGUCCACCUUCAUAUGAGGGGACUGUGGUGAGAGCUGUGAAUCAGCUGGAGGAGACGCUCAGUAAACAGAUGAAGAAGCUGUUUGAGGCCGAGCUGAAGAGGGUCCAGCAGUAUGCAGUGGAUGUGACACUCGAUCCUGAUACAGCACAUCCCAACCUCAUCCUGUCUGAUGACAGAAAACAAGUUAACUGUGGUGAUGUAAAGAAGAAUCUCCCAGACAACCCAGAGAGAUUUAAUUACCACAGCAUUGUUUUAGCAAAGCAGAGUUUCUCUUCAGGAAGAUUUUAUUACGAGGUUCAAGUUAAAGAGAAGACCAAAUGGGAUUUAGGAGUGGCCAGAGAGUCGAUCAACAGGAAGGGAAAAAUCACACCAAGUCCUCAGGAUGGUUACUGGACGAUAUGUUUGAGGAAUAAAAACGAGUACAAAGCUCCUGCUGACCCUUCAGUCCGUCUCUCUCUGAAGCAUCAGCCUGAGAAGGUGGGGGUGUUUGUGGAUUAUGAGGAGGGUCUGGUCUCCUUUUAUGACGUUGAUGCUGCAGCUCUUAUCUACUCCUUUACUGGCUGCUGCUUCACUCAGAAACUCUACCCGUACUUCAGUCCAUGUGUUAGUGAUGGUGGUGAAAACGCUGCUCCUCUGAUCAUCUCUCCUGUCAGGCACAGGAUCUACUUGAAUGAUGACUAGAACAAACAUUUGACUUUCAACUGAAAGAUUCACAUCAGUUAAUGUAAAACAUGUAUAUUUAAAGGGGAUGUACAGCGUAUAUGUUGUUUCUUCUGAUCAAUGUUUUUUGUGUCACAGUUACUCCAACAGCACUGAUUGAUAUUAACUAAUGCAGAAUAACUUGUUCCAAUAACAUCACCUGCCUGAAAGACUGAAAUCAUCAGAAGAAAAUACUCAUAAUUAAGACGUGUCACUUUUUGAAUGUCUAGAAGCCAUAUUUAAACCUUUGUAUUGUAUAAUCAAGGUUUAUAUAACAAGGGUUUCACAUUGUCAGAAAUUACUGGACAAGAUUUAAAUGAAUAAAA